AAUAGCGGUUUUCUGUAGUGAAACCGUGGGCGGAACCAGAAAAUGUUCUCCCAAAACAAGAGGGAACAUGUAUAGGUUAAAACGUCUCUCAUCAUGCAUGCGUAAUUAUUUACGCGUCCUGCUGUUCUUUUACAAAAUAAUACUAAAUUUGAUUAAAAAAUUAACAAUUUCCUUCCCUAACACAAAGAGUGGUGCAGAGGAUAUACGUAAUUUUAGCGAGAAUAUGCAUGAUAUACGUCAUUUUAGAUAGAAUAUUCAUGAUGUGACGAAAUAACAUAUAAAGCACGAAGGUAAAUUACGCCCAUGUAGGCAGUCAUAAACAACACCACGUUUGUUAUGUUAUUAUCAUUAUUAUAUACAGGCUUCCAUAAUAAACUCUAUCAGAAAACCAAAUGUUUUAAAAAACAGUAUUGUAUUCGUUGACGUUGUAUCUAAUAUAAAAUCUCGAGAUGUUUCACAUUCCACCAAAGUUCAAUUUAUGUAUAUUUAUAUAUACGACGAUGACUCAGAAUAUGUGCCAGAAAUCAUGUCUCACGGCUUUUUUCAAUAGACGCUUUUUGUCAACAAAAAAAGAGUAUGUAUUUUGCCUUGAAUUGUAUUAUAUAAGUAGCCAUGUAAUAAAAUUCUAGUGGCCGUAAUUCAAAAGGAAAAAGCCAAUAUGCAGAUCGGUUUUAAAGAUGCAAGUGCCAACUGCCUUUGAUGAGCGAUUCCAGUCAAAAAAAACACGACAACAUGUAUGUUAAUCACCCAAUUAACCUGUCAUUAAGUGGGAAGUAUAUCGCCCAUAUAGUCGAUAAUUGCUUAUAGUUGAGAUCGACAUACCACGCACAAAAACAAAUAUAUUAGUUGAUAAAUAACCGAUGUAUCAGUGAGUAAAUUAUGUGCACGCUCAUUUCAAACAAGUAAUGCCACCAUGUCCAAAAAUUUUUCUUUGUUACUAAUAAAUAGAAAUGGAAAUAAAAAACCAAGUAACAAUUAUACAAUACAAAGCUUUUGAUCUUUCAAGAUCACACGUCUAUACGAUGCGUAGGAUGUACUUCCUGCCCUAAACUAGUUACCAUAGCAUUGUUAACAAAGUCAAAAAGUCUUUUUAAAAUUUUUAUCAUACAGGAAGAUUUAUCAACAAAGUGAAGCAUACCGAUGGUGUUGUUUACUUAGAACCAGACUUCGUCUACAAAGAAUAUAACAUUAAUACACUGGAAUAAAACCCGUUAUGCCGUCAUUUGUGUCGUUUAUCGCGGUACUGCUAAGUAUCUCGGUGGCAGGGGGAAAAGUCCAAAGGGAAAAGAGUUCUGAAGAAACUUUCGCUACAUUAAGCGUUGAAAAGAGAGAGAUAUGCGCCAACAAAGGAGACUCGAUGACGAUCAGUUGUACGUUGGUAGUUCAUGACAAAACGAGUGUAAACAACUGGACGUUGUCUUGGUUCGCCGAGGAUGGAGAGGUCACGAAAAAUGUGACAGAAAUAUGGAAAAAUAGUUCACAUUUAACAUCUUAUUUGAAACUAGAUGCCGUUUGGUCCGGCGAAAAGUCCUUUACGUGCGUUAUAGCAAGUCGAUUUACACAUGAUGAUCAGCAGCCAGCCAAAGCUGCUUUAAAUUCAACAACUGUUGUAAAAGUUAAACCACGAACCAGCUGUGACAUAAUUGGCUUUCGCUACCUCGAAAAACCGCUAGCGUCGUUCUCAACGUUUGAAGUCUACUGGAAACCAAUGAAAAUGUUAGAUACCACUGCGUACACGCUGAAUUUUUGCACAGAAGCGGCAUGGUUUGACUUUGACUUACCAACCCCGUACGUUUGCCCGGUGUAUUAUUCAAUAAACGGCUCGUGUUCGUAUCGUAAGAAGAAUGUUUACAACGUGCCUAAUACAAAAGGCUUCACCUGCAUGGCAAGCGUUUCGACGACGUCCUACUCGUCAUUGACUAGACUGUUAAUGGAGUUCGUGACCAGUCGAGCUUACAUCGGUUGCAAGGGCGAAGGGGAAAACUGUGAACAUAGGUGUAGCAAAGAGAGAAAGUUCAUCCUAAAACGAUUUCAUGCACUUUUUGGACAGGAGAACGAUGUAACUGAAGUGGCCCUUAUCCCGGCUCGCAUUGAAGGUCUUAGUGCCAGUGUAGCACACCAGGUAGCACUGAACUGGUCAGAUUCGCUCGCCAUACACUAUGUCAAAUCACGGGAAUACGCGGUGCGUUACAAAUGCUCAAGGGACCUGACAUGGAGCAACACACCGUAUUCAAUGACGAAAAAGUUGACAUUAAACCGGGACGACUUUCAAAACUACCGGCCCUUUGACUUGUGUCGAUUUUGCGUGGUGGCCAGAACGAUGGCGCAACUGUACGGGGGACUGGAAUCGGAACCAGUGUGCAUAAACGUCCGACUUUCGGAAGAGCCACCGAGUAGCCCGCCAAAUAUAUCGUGUCUUGAUGACUUGUGUCAGUUCACGCGCGAUGAACGCGUGCAGAACGUGUCGAUCACGUGGACACUGCCGCCGCGCAGAGACUGGAACGGAGUGCUAACAGAACUACGAAUAUCUUACCUUGAAAAGUUUCAGGACAAUGCUGCAAACUUUUCGGAUUCUGUUAUAAGAGUUCCAAUUGGUAAUAACUCAAGCAGUGGAGAAACUGUUCUGACAGGCCUUUCGGUGGGUCGGACAUAUUGGAUUGAAAUGGUAGUUUGCAAUAAGAAAGGUUGCAGUCGCCCGGGAAAAAGAUUGAAAAUUUCACGUUUGCCGGGUCACCCAUUAAUCACAACGGAAUCAAAUGAGAAGAGGCCUUAUAUUCUAGCACCGUGCAUCGCCGGUGUCUUCGUGGCGGCGUAUCUCGGGUAUUUAGCGUACACUUACGCAACUGCCCGACGGCAAUUGCAGCCUCGACUCGAGUUGACACUUUGCGAGCAAUCAGGUUAUGACGUGAUCGUGGAGAACACGAAGAAGAACGAAUACGACGUGCUUGUCGUGUUGGACUCGGCGACAAGGCAGAUGAAUGUUUACACAACAACACCUGUGCGGUGUGCAGAAACGUAGCGUGUGGGACAUGGGUGGGAUGCCACUCACCCACUCGUAAUAAUUGUUAUCACGCGAAAUGGGUCGGCCUAGUUAGGCUUCAGUCGCCCAUUUAUUCGAUGGAAAUAUGAAAGCUUUUUGCACCAUGAAAUUGACAGUGUUGGAGCAUUAAGGCAUUCUAUAGUUAAUCGUUACGUGUCGACUCCCUAUUGAGAUCUAUUGAUAUGGUCCAUGAGAGAAACAUUCACGAAACAUUCAUCAACGAAAUUGCUGUCAUUUUUAAAUGAAAAUUUCUCAUCUCAAUCGACAUUCUUUGAAAACGUUUCCCAACUGCGUGUAAGAUCGUCCUAGCUAGCUGCCUUUCCUAUCGCGUUUUGACAUGAAAGUUGAUUUAUAUAUUAUAUCAACCCAAAACAUUUAAUGUUAUAAGUUAGUCAAUUUUAUCUAAUUUUCUAUCUAUGCAUGCCUAUGGGUUGCUUACAUUUGUUGAAAAAAUUAUAUUUUAAUGUGAAUUACAGCCCCAUGUAGCUUGGGAAGCAGGGGUUUUUAUAUUCGGUAAGAAAUAAAUUAGUUCUUUUAACUAAACAUGAUCACAAAACUUUGACUAGUUUCAUAGAAUACGGUAACAAAAGAUAUAAUCGAUCAAAUAUUGCAGAAUGGAUUUCUUUUUCGACAAGCGCUGAUUGGCUAAAAGACGAGCGUGAGAUCACCUGGUUUUUUGUGUAGCUAUAAAUUAUUGGAAUUUGUAUUAUAUGUGUAAAUAUAUUUCGAAAUAAAUUAUUGCAAGAUCAUGUACAUGUUACUCAGCGAAUGAAAUUAUUGAACAACUUAAACAAUUUUUACAAAUUAAUAAUUUUUUUAAUUCAAUACAUUUUGAGUGUACACUCAAUGACGUAGUA